CCGGCGGCGCCGGAGCCGGGCGGCAGGUCCGACAGGUUUGCUUCUGGCGCUGGCACUGACGUACGAACCCUCUCGCCAAACACCUCCUGGCCCGGCCCCUGCUCGGCACCGCGCUGCUGGCAUGGCCGUGCCGCAGCUCUGAGCCCAGCCCAGCCCCGACCCCGGCCCAUGGACGGCAAAACCUCCCCGAGCACUGCCUCGCCCAGCAGUGUCGCCCCCAGCCUCCUCCAUGUCUCCAAGGUCAGCAGCAUCUUCGGUGCCCGACCUCCGCAGCCUCGAGAGAACGUCCUGGGCAUCAGCUUCAAACCCUACAGCCCCGAGUCCGGCCCGGCCCCCAGCCCCUGCUCAGCCUGUGAGAGCUCACGAUCCUCCAUGUUCAGAUCUCCCUGCAUGAGCCAGCGGCGGCUUGCGCUCAUCUUCUGCGUCUCCGUCCUCAUCGUGCUGCUCGUCGCCCUCAUCCUGCUGUUCAUGUUCUGGCGGUCACAGACGGGCAUCGUGUACAAGGAACCAGCAGAGAGCUGCAGGGACAGCGCCGUGCGCUGCGACGGCGUCGUCGACUGCUCCCAGAGGAGCGACGAGCUGGGCUGUGUGCGCUUCUCAUCCGAGGAGUCUUUGCUCCACGUCUACUCCAGCACAGAGAGCCAGUGGCUGCCGGUGUGCAGCAGCGACUGGGACGAGUCCUUCUCCAGGAAAACCUGCCGGCAGCUGGGAUUUCAGAAUGCGUCACAGACCGAGUACAUCCCCCUGCGUGUCUCUGGCAAGAGCCUCACGGUGACUGAUGAGCGAGAGACCAUCCAGCAGAGCCUCAACAGCUCCCAGUGUCUCACGGGAAAGUACGUCUCCCUGCGAUGCACAACCUGUGGGCAGAGGAUUUCUGGCCGGAUCAUCGGUGGGAAGGAGACCUCUGUGAACAAAUGGCCCUGGCAGGUCAGCGUGCAGUACGGGCCCAUCCACAUCUGCGGUGGCACCAUCAUCGACGCUCAGUGGGUGCUCACGGCUGCCCACUGCUUCUUCAUGAACAGCAUGAAGAUCCUGGAUGACUGGAAGGUGUACGGAGGGGUGUCGGACCUGAAGCAGCCCAUGGAUGGCAUCCCUGUGUCCCAGGUCAUCAUCAACUCCAACUACAGCGACGACCAUGACGACUACGACAUCGCCCUCAUGAAGCUCUCCAGGCCCCUGACACUCUCAGCCCAGGUGCGCCCCGCCUGCCUGCCCAUGUACGGCCAGCGCUUCCAGACCGGCCGGUCCUGCUUCAUCACCGGCUUCGGCAAGACCAGGGAGAAUGAAGAUAACACGUCCCCGAAGCUGCGGGAGGCUGAGGUGAAGCUGAUCGACUACAAGAUCUGCAACAGCGACAAGGUGUACGAGGGCUACCUGACCCCCCGCAUGAUGUGCGCCGGCUACCUGCAGGGAGGGAAGGACGCCUGCCAGGGUGACAGCGGAGGGCCCCUGGUCUGCGAGGACGAUGGCCGCUGGUAUGUGGCCGGGGUGACGAGCUGGGGGACAGGAUGUGGCCAGAAGAACAAGCCCGGAGUGUACACACGCGUGACAAAGCUCCUCAGCUGGAUCUACAGCAAAAUGGAGAGCGAGAACGACUAAGAGCGGGAUGGACACUCGCCUGGGCUGUGCCUCUCCGGCUGGCACGGCCCGCUGCCCCGGGCUGCUGCCAGGGCACGAUGGCACAGCCAAUCCCCCACCCCUCUCUGGGCUGUCCGUGCAGCCAGGGACCUGUGGCUGCCCCCGAACUCUGCAAACAGCACCUGCAAAGUGACCCUGCCCUCGCCUGGCGCCGGGGGUGACGCGGUGGUGACACCGGGGGGACACAGCCCGUGCCAGCGGCUGGCCGUGCUGGCUGGGGGACACCUCCUUGCCCCGUGUCUGUGGCUCUCCUGCUGUAAAUAGACCUGUCCGGACGGGCUGUGCGAGUGCUUCCUGGCGGGGCCGGGGCGCACUCAGAGGCCGAGGGGCUGCCGGCAGAGCCCGUGGGGAGAGACAGAACUCUCUCCUUUUGCCAGGUCUGUGCCACCUCGGGGUGCAGGGUGUGCCAGCUGUGUCACAGCUCCGGGCCACGCUGCGGCCACGGGGACCCCCGGGGCGCGGAUAUUCCACCCUCCAGGAGCCCCGGGGUGCGGAUAUUCCACCCUCCAGGAGCCCCGGGGUGCGGAUAUUCCACCCUCCAGGAGCCCCGGGGUGCGGAUAUUCCACCCUCCAGAGGGGCCGGAGCCCCGGGGUGCGGAUAUUCCACCCUCCAGGAGCGCCGGGCGCCGCUCUCGUGUUUGCGGAGGGAUUUAGGAAGUGCCUUUUACGAGCUGUGCCAGAGAAAUGCCGCCUGUUUAUUUUUCCGUGCCGUGGCUCUGGGCUGAGCCCGCUCCGGGGAGGGUUUGGCAGCU